AUGUACGUGUAUUGCCUCUUGCUGCACCCGCGCUGGUCGGUCUUCGUGGGGGCGAGCGGAGGGGACAGCUCCACGUCCGCACUUUGGCUGGGGGAGAAGCUAUUUCGUCAUGCAUCGCGCGCUGGACUUGAGCUACAUGAGCGCCACGGACAAGGGAUCCGAGCUAACGAGUGUGACCGACUGCUUCCCAGGACGCCGACCGUACUGGAUUACCACUCGGACUGCCCGACGUUCUCGCUCGCCUUCUCCCCACUUGGCACGACCACUUCGACCCUCAAGCUCGCCGUCGGCUCCUACAACGAAUCGCGCGCCCACACCAGUUCGACCACCGCAUUCUCCUCCGCCGCCACGACCUCGAGCGGCCUGUCUUCGGCCUCGUCGGGCUCUUCGUUCGAGGACAUCAACAACUUGACCAUCAUCUCCCUCGAUCCGGCCUACCUCGACUUGGAGGACGUCCACCCCAACGAUUUCGAUUCUUCCUCCGCUUCCUCCCAGCAUGGUACUACUAACAACCACGACCACACCUCGCUCUCCAUCGAAGGCUACGUCCGAGCCCGCAACGGCCAACUGCUCCCUUCCCAAUCCGCCUUCCUCACCACCGCCCGAGCACCGAUGCCUUACCCACCCUCGGCGAUCUCCUUCAGUCCAGCGAGCCUCUCGAACCAAUUACAAUCCUCUAGUAUCGCAACCAAGGGCGAAACGACGAGGGAGAUGAUCGCGAGUAGUUCAGAAUGUUUGAGGUUGUGGGAUUUGGUCGCGAGCGAUGGGGAGAUGGUCGGGGCGAAUUCUUCGGGGGGUACGGGGUCGGGAUCGGCGGGGUUCGUCGGAGCCAUGGGCAGGAGGGCGAGUGCGGGGCCUCAGACUAGGUUGGUCGAGAGAGCAAAGUUGGCGAAUGUGAGUGUCGAGUCAUGCAAAGGCGUUUCUCGCGAGCGGGUCAGGUGGUGGGGGGCUGAUCCUUGCGUGAGAGUCGACGCUGCCAGUCCAAGCAGGAAUAUUCGGCACCGUUGACGUCGUUCUCGUGGUCGACGUUGGAGCCGACCCAUAUUGUCACUUCGUCGAUAGAUACGGUGAGUGGGGUCAGAUCUGGCACAUUGUCAAACUCCUUUUGCUGAUGCGCAACCUUGACCUCGCUUUCUGCAACUCGGGUGCUUGAUCCGAUCUUCUCCCGGCACGCACCCCCCCCCCCCCAGACAUGUACGGUCUGGGACAUCUCGACCCGAGUACCCGUAACUCAACUGAUCGCGCACGAUCGAGAAGUCUAUGACGUCGCAUGGUCCCCCGCCUCACGCGACGUCUUCGCCUCCGUCGGUGCCGACGGUUCGGUCCGGAUGUUCGACCUCCGUUCCCUGGAACAUUCCACGAUCCUCUACGAAGCGACGUCCCCUUCCACUUCGGGUUCUUCAUCCAACAAGAAUGGCGGUGGUGGGCGGACUUCAUCGAACCAAUCGCAUGGUUCGCCCAACCCAGGUUCGAAAACUCCGCUCCCCCCAAGUCCUUUGUUGCGCCUCGCCUUCUCCCCGACCAGUCCAACGUAUCUCUCGAUCGUACAUGCCGAUUCGACGCAUGUCCAGAUUUUGGAUACGAGGAGUCCAGGGGUGCCGGUGAUGGAAGUGAGAGGGCAUGCGGCGAGUGUGAAUGGGAUGGCCUGGGGGGGUUCGACGUUGCAUUCUUCUGGGGGUGGUGGAGGGGGUGGGGAUACGGCCGGCCCGGGGUGGUUGGCUACGUGUUGUAAGUGGCUCAUUUUGGGGGGUGUUUCAGUUUUAAGGAAAAGAACUAAAUUCGAAGGCCGAUCUACCACAGCGGACGACUCGACCCUCCUCCUUUGGGACCUUUCUACCUCCCCUUCCCCACCGACGACCUCUUCCACACGAGCAGCAUCCACAACAUCAGGAUCGGCCACUUUGACGGGUCCCAAGAUGAUCACGACCCCUUCUUUGAGUUAUUCAGCACCGGGGGAGAUCAAUGCGGUCGCUUGGGGUGGAGGGGGCGAAUGGCUUGCGGCGGGAUGUGGCAAGACGGUGAGGUGUUUGAAAGUUUAG